GACUCAUCUUCAUCACUCUUUACUCUUUCCAAAAACAAAGGUUAAAAUAAAACCAAAGAAGAGUCCUUUUGGUCACUGCUCUCUUUGUAUGAUCUUUUGCUCAAUUUCUCUCUCUGGAAUCUUUCAUCUCUCUCAGUAGACUUAGACUGACAGACAAAAAAGGGUUAAAUAUUCCCCACCUUUUUAUCUUCUCUCUUAUGCAAUGGCCUCCUCUACUCCGCCCCCGCACUGUACUCUGACCACCACCAAACCCUCCCAUAACCACCACUUCCACCACCUCCAAAAUCAUCAGCGCCACCAGCGUAGUUCCUCUCACCAGCACCACAACUGGACCCCUCAAAAGUUUUCUUUGAUCAACCAUGCUUCUCAUGCCGCUUCCCCUAGGCCUCCUCCCCCCUCCGCCACUGCCGCUGCCGCAGUUGGAAGCCCUAACUUCCCUUGUCUCUCCGCCGCUGAUUUCACAGGUCGCCGCUCCACAAGAUUUGUCUCAAAAAUGCACUUUGGCCGCCCUAGGUCCACUGCCUCCAGCCGCCACUCCGCUGCUGCCGAGGAGGCGCUCUACCAAGCUAUUAAUUGUAAUGGCGAGCUAAAAAGCAUGGAUGAUAUUUUACUUAGUUUUGAGUCGAAGCUUAUUGCGUCUGACGAUUAUACCUUUUUGCUACGAGAGCUGGGGAAUAGAGGGGAUUGGUUGAAGGCGAUGCAAUGUUUUGAGUUUGCAAUCAAUCGCGAAAGGAGAAGGACUGAGCUGGGGAAAUUGGCUAGCUCGAUGAUUAGUACUCUUGGUAGAUUAGGCAAAGUUGAUUUAGCCAAGAAAGUUUUUGAGAAUGCAGUGCAUGAAGGGUAUGGAAAUACUGUUUACGCUUAUUCUGCUUUGAUUAGUGCUUAUGCAAAGAGUGGAUACUGUGAUGAGGCUAUUAGGGUGUUCGAGAGUAUGAAAGACUCCGGCUUGAAGCCAAAUUUAGUGACUUAUAAUGCUUUGAUUGAUGCAUGUGGAAAAGGGGGUGCAGAUUAUAAGAGGGCUUUGGAGAUUUUUGAUGAGAUGUUGCAGAAUGGGGUGCAACCAGAUAGGAUUACCUACAAUUCACUUCUUGCAGUCUGUAGUGGUGCGGGGUUGUGGGAGAGCGCGAGGAGUUUGUUUGAUGAGAUGGUUUAUAAGGGGAUAGAUCAAGAUAUAUAUACAUAUAAUACCCUUUUGGAUGCUGCAUGUAGUGGUGGGCACAUGGAUGUGGCUUUUGAUAUAAUGGCUGAGAUGCCUGCAAAGAAUAUCCUGCCGAAUGAGGUAACAUAUAGCACUAUGAUUCGUGGGUGUGCCAAGUCAGGGAGACUGGACAGGGCUCUGAAUUUGUUCAAUGAGAUGAAGUUUGCGGGUAUUAAAUUGGACAGAGUGUCUUAUAAUACGUUGCUUGCUAUUUAUGCUAGUCUUGGCAGGUUUGAUGAGGCUUUUGCUGUUGGUAAGGAGAUGGAGAGCAUUGGGAUUAAGAAAGAUGUUGUGACUUACAAUGCUCUGCUGGAUGGAUUUGGUAAGCAGGGGAUGUAUGAUAAGGUUAAGGAACUGUUUGCAGAAAUGAAAAAGGAACAUCUCUCUCCUAACUUGUUAACUUACUCAACAUUAAUCAGUGUUUAUUCCAAAGGAGGUCUAUACAAAGAGGCAAUGGAGGUAUACAGGGAAUUCAAGCGACAUGGUCUGAAGGCUGAUGUCGUUUUCUACAGCAAACUGAUUGAUGCCCUGUGUAAGAAGGGGCUGGUGGAAUCAUCUGCAUUCUUGCUUGAUGAGAUGAUGAUGGAAGGCAUCCAACCUAAUGUUGUUACUUACAACUCAAUCAUUAAUGCCUUUGGUGUGUCAGAAAAUGUUGAUCUUUUAGAGUCUCAGAUAGAAUCCUCCAAAAAAAUGGUGAUUCAGCAUAUUCCCGACAGUGAGAUCGAAGACAAAGAGGACAAAAUAAUAGAAGUUUUUAAGCAGUUGGCUUGUGGAAAAUCAGGUCAUGAAAAGCGUGAUCAGAGGGGGCGAAAGGAUUUCCGAUGUGUUUUGGGCGUUUUCCGUAAGAUGCAUGAGAUGGAAAUAAAGCCCAAUGUCGUUACCUUCUCAGCAAUUCUUAAUGCUUGCAGCCGUUGUAAUUCAUUUGAAGAAGCUUCAUUGCUACUAGAGGAAUUGCGUCUCUUUGAUAAUCAAGUUUAUGGAGUGGCACAUGGGCUUCUCAUGGGUUACAAUGAGAAAACUUGGUCGCAAGCUCUAUUGCUUUUUGAUGAGGUGAAGCGAAUGGACUCUUCAACAGCCUCUGCUUUUUACAAUGCUUUGACUGACAUGCUAUGGCACUUUGGCCAGAAGAGAGGUGCUCAACUUGUGGUGCUCGAAGGAAAACGUCGAGAAGUAUGGGAAAAUACUUGGUCUGAGUCAUGCCUGGAUUUGCAUCUUAUGUCCUCUGGUGCAGCAAGGGCAAUGGUUCAUGCCUGGUUGCUGAAUAUCCGCUCUAUCGUUUAUGAAGGCCACGAGUUGCCAAAGCUGCUGAGCAUAUUGACGGGGUGGGGCAAGCACAGCAAAGUAGUGGGUGAUGGUGCACUUAAGCGCACGGUUGAAGCUCUGCUCCUCAGCAUAGGUGCGCCGUUUCGUGUUGCAAAGUGUAAUAUUGGGAGGUUUAUAUCAACUGGAGCCGUGGUGGCUGCUUGGUUGAGGGAAUCAGGCACACUAAAUGUGCUGGUUCUUCAGGAUGCCAGAACCCAUUCAGGCAGCAGAAGGUUUGACGUUGUCCCAAAUUUACAAGAGUUACCAUUGUAGUUAUUAAUGUAACUAUUAUGUAUCAUGUUACCAAGAUUUUUAUUGUGUAAUAAAUGUAAAUUUAAAGUAUUUUCUUUUGUCUUUGUCGAUUUCAA